CACAAAAAUCUCGAUGGCUCCGUCUCUGCUCCUCCUCUCUCUCCUCCUCUCUCUCCUCCUCCCAUCGAACUGCAGCCCACAACCAAUGCAAGCCCAAGAGCUCUCCUCCCUAUUCAACAUAAUGGGCUCCCUUCUAGUGGACGGCCCAUCAUGGGCCCAACUCCACCCUCACCCAUGCACGGACACUCCAUGGCCAGGAGUCACGUGCGAGCUCGUCCUCAACCCCGACGGAGUCCAAGACCCCUUCCUCCACGUCACCAGGAUCCACAUCGGGCCGGACUUAGCCACCCCACCUUGCAAGCCCACGGCCCAUUUAAACUCCUUGAGGGGCCUCCCCUUCCUCAAAACUCUCUCUUUGUUCAGCUGCUUCGUUUCUCCCUCUAAUGCCACUCUCUCCCCUUCGUUGUUCUCCAAUUCUUCAUCUCUUCAGCAAUUAGUGCUUAAAUCAAACAAUGGGUUAGUUGGAGAGAUCCCAAAGAGUUUGUCAAACUUGAGGAAUUUGAGGGUCCUUAGCCUCUCACAAAACAAUCUUACUGGGCCUAUUCCUAAAGAAAUCGGUGGGCUGGCCCGCUUGCAGCAGUUGGAUCUGAGUUAUAACAGUCUGGCCCAACAAAUACCGGAGACGCUCUCUGGGCUGACCAGUUUGACCAUCUUUGACUUGAGCUACAACAAGCUCGAGGGUCAACUCCCAAACUCUCUCGGCCGACUCUCAUCGCUUCGAAAGCUGGAUCUCAGCUCAAAUCUGAUCUCUGGGAAAAUUCCCUGGCAAAUUGGCGAGCUAGAGAAUUUGGCUUUGCUUGACUUGGGCCGUAAUAAUAUUUCUGGCCCAAUUCCAGAAACCCUCUCUGGGUUAAAAAACUUGGAGUAUUUCUUAAUGGAGAGCAACCCGAUAAGAGCUCAAAUUCCUCUAUUUCUUGGUGAUUUGAGGAGCCUGACUGUAAUUGGGCUUUCUGGGUGUGGGCUUAUUGGGCCGAUCCCGGCCCAAUUAGGCUCGCUUGAGAACUUGGCUGCAUUGGCGUUGGAUAGAAACAAGCUCAACGGGUCGGUUCCAAGAAGUUUGGGUUCGCUGUCCAAAUUGGGUCAGCUUAAUUUGAGUCAGAAUGAGCUCAGUGGUGAGAUUGGGCUCGGUCAGGAUUUUGUGGUCAGGAUGGGGAACAGGAUUGAUCUGAGGGAAAACAAGGGGUUGUGUGCAAAAUUUGAAAACAACAGGGUCUGGGUGAAUUUUGAGGCCCCACCCUGUGUGGGCCCACAGUUUGGGAGGGGGAGAGGUUCUGGUGUGGGACCAUCUGAGAGAGAAGCGGAGGUCAGUCUGUGUUGUUUGGUUUGUUUUGAGAGGAUAGUUUUUGUUUGUAGCUUGGUGGUUCUGUUUUUCGUAACAUCAACUUUCUCAUAAUAAUUUGUCUGGCGAAAUGUUUGCUUACUAUUCUUU